UUUUAUUCUAAUAAUUAAGAGUGUACUCCGUAUAGGUUAAUAUAAUUGUAAUAUAGAAUACAAGCAUCAAACGCUUAAUCUUCACAUUAUACUUUGAUGCAUUUUUUGUGUGAGAAAGAACUUUUGAGAUGAACCUUCAUAGUUUGAUUGUCAAAAGUUGCAUAUCGCAGCCUGAUGUUUGACAAGAUUCAACAUUAACCUUAGACAGUCAAAGCAGUGAGGAGAGCAGCUUCAACAAGAAGUGCAUUUCUUUCCAUACACCCUUUUACAAAUGAAGCUAUACCAGCCACAGAGACAUAGAAUAGAAAAUAAAUCAUGGCAUCAAACAUCCUCCCCCUCCCUCUUCGCCGCAGCCACCCCAUCUCCCUCUCCACCGCCAUAAAGCAAUACAUCUCGAACAAAUAUGACCAGCGGCCCGAGAUGUUUGCUGAGGACCUCCUGAUCAUCGAUAGGCUACGGACGGAUGCGAUUAACGUCCAAGAACCGCAUAUUAGUGGCAUCAGUCGGCUGGUGACAUAUGCGGCGCAGUUGAAGUGGUUGGGGGGGAAGUUUCCGAUUGAUGUCGGCGUGGAUUUUUCGUGGUAUCCGGCUCUUGGAUUUAAUACGUCGAGGCCGAUCUCCCAGAACAACCUCCGCUUCGAGCUCGCCAACAUCCUUUUCAACCUCGCCGCCCUCUACUCCCAACUCGCCGUCUCCCUAAACAGCACAACCCCGGAAAACCUAAAAACAGCCUGUAAAUACCUCUGCAACGCUGCCGGCGUCCUCGUCCACCUACGCACAGACAUCCUGCCUGACCUCCGCUCCUCCCCACCAGAAGACAUGGACGAGAUGACCCUGCGCAGCCUCGAAGAGCUCCUUCUCGCGCAGGCGCAGGAAUGCUUCUGGCAAAAGGCCGUCAAGGACGGGCUGAAAGAUGCCUCCAUAGCCCGCCUUGCGGCGAAGGUGUCAGACCUCUACGCGAACGCCGGCGACUACGGCAUCAAAUCCGACACCAUCAACACCGAGUGGAUCCACCACAUGACAGCCAAGCACCAUCAUUUCGCCGCGGCGGCGCAAUAUCGGCAGUCGCGCGACUGUCUGGAGAAGCAGAAGUAUGGCGAGGAGAUUGCGCGCCUGCGCGAUAGCGCGAUGUGUGUGAACGAGGCGUUGAAGGGGGCCAAGUGGAUUAACCGGGUGGUGCUGGGGGACCUGAACGGGCUGAAGGCGCGUGUGACGGAGGAUUUGAAGCGGGCGGAACGCGAUAAUGAUAUGAUCUAUUUGUUUCCAGUGCCGCCCAAGUCGGAGCUGAAGCUGCUGGAUCGCGCGAGUAUGGUUGCUGCGAAGGCGCCGGUGGAGGUGACGGAUGCGCUCUCGAUGAUUGGGGAAGGGCUGCCGUUGGGGAGGCCCUUGUUUGCUAAGUUGGUGCCGUAUGCGGUGCAUGUUGCGGCGAGUAUUUACGCGGAGAGGAGAGAUAGGCUUGUGCAGCAGGAGAUUACGGGCGGAGUGGAGGAAAUGACCGCUAAGCUUAGGGGGCUGCUUCAAUCCCUCAAUCUCCCGGGCUCACUACAGGCUCUUGAAAAACCCCUAGGUCUUCCACCAUCACUACUAUCCCACGCUGAAGAGGUACGCCAACAGGACGGCCUAAACCGGCUCCGGCUCUCUCUGAAGGACAUCGCAAAACUCAAAGAAAACGACAAGACCAUAUACACCGAGGGCGUCGAACUGCUCAUGGCCGAACGGGACGAAGACGACCGCGCCCGCGCCAAAUACGGCACGGAUCGAUGGACGCGCGAGCCGUCCGAAGUCGCCGGCAAGAAACUAUACACGCAGGCAAAGGAUAUCGAGGGCUACCUGGCGUCUGCGGCGAACAGUGACAAGCUCGUUGAGGAGAAGUUGCGGGAGACGGAGAAGGUGUUGCGGCUCCUCACGGGGACGAAUCGGGAUAUCGAGGCGUUUGUGCCGAGUAGUCGCAAGGCGACUAUCACCGAGGCGGUUGAGAGGGAGGCCGGGAGGUUGAGGGGGUGUUUGAAUGAGGUGAGCAGGUUGGAGAGUCGGAGGAGGAGGAGGGUUGAGGCGCUGAGGGAGAAGGCGAGGGGGGAUAGUAUUCACGCCGCCCUCCUCAAAGAAACAGGCCGUCUUGAACGUGAGUUUCCCAUGCAGCGCAUCGAAGCCAGCCAGUUCGAAGACCUCUUUGCAGAGCGUCUGAAACAAUAUGAUGAGGAUCGCAAGUUGCUCCUGGAAGAGGAAGAGAAAGCCCAAUCGGCGAUAGCGGAGCAGUUGCGCGAGGCGAAUCGGGCCUUCGUAAAUGCGCGCCGGGGCGAUUCGUCGACGAAAGAACGCGAGAAGGCGUUGCAGGAGUUGGAGAAUGGGUAUGUGCGGUAUAAGGAGAUUAUUGGAAAUGUGGAGGUUGGGCGGAAGUUUUAUAACGAUUUGGCGAAGUUGGUGGGGCGGUUUCGGGAGGAUUGUAGGGGAUUUGUUAGUGGAAGGAGGGUGGAGGCUGGGGAGUUGGAGACGGACAUUACGAAUACCACUGCAAUGGCUUCGCUGAGCAUUUCACAGAAGCAGAAACAACAUCCAUUCUCUCCACAAGCCGCACCUACAACUUCACCCCCAGCAGCCAUAGCAGCAGCAAAUACAGCCAUCCAACAUGAGCAGCAGCAAAAGCAGCAGCACCAGCACCACCAAUCCCCACCGUUCCACCACCACCGUCAACCCAUUCAAACCCCUCGCCAAAAAUCGCCGCUGAAAUCCACCCGCUCCUGGACACCAAGCCACACCCCCUUUACCCCAUCAACCACCACCUCCUCCUCCCCUUCAUCACAACAACCAGCAGCACCAGCACCAUCACCAGCACCACAACCACAACCACAACCCCCAGAAAGCCCCCUCGCCGCCCCACAACCAACCCGCACCUCCAUAAUCCCACCACCAAGCACCAUGCCCGUGGGAGGCAUGUGGUCACCGGAGAUGGGGAUCAAGUUUGGACCGCCGGCGUCACAUGCGCAGAUGAAUGUGCCGGGGCAGGCGGAGGAGGGGCAGCAGAUGCAGAUGCCGAUGCCUGGGAGGUGGGAUGCGAGUCUGGGGGUUAGGUUUUCGUAGGGGUGUUUUGUUUUGUUUUGUGGGAUUUUAUGGAUGGGGCCCCGUAUGUUAUAUGAGGCAUGGGUGGGGGGGGGGUGUUUCUUUGAUUGAAAUCUUUAGCGGGUUUUCCAUUUUUACGUAGUGAUGUUUAUGUUUCAUUUUUUCAUAGUUUGUAUAGCGAUUUAGACCGGAAACCCCUCUUGCAUUCUGUUCUAUAUAAGCGGGAAGGGUAGUUAACUAUUUUAUUUCUUUCCCCCCUCCCUUUUUUUUUUCCUUAUAAAUAAACCUUUUUCCAUUCCACACUUGCGGGAACCCAAGCAUAGAAGGGUCAAAGUCAAGAUGAUUAAAAUCUAAACUAUACACAAACAUUGAUUGACCUGGAGAUAAUUAAUCAAUCAUAUGACAUCUAAAUUAUCCUGAGCAAUGAAUGACAUUCCGGUUUCC